CGGCUUUGUUUUUCCGGGAUCGUUCCGGCAGUUGCGGCUCGGUCCCGAUCCGCCUCAUCGCGGCUUCUACGCCGGAGUCCACCGGCCUGGACGUUCGCAUCUGAAUCGGACAAAGUUGUGCGACAUUCAUUCAACGCGUCGCGCCCGAUGAUUGAUGAGCGCUAGUUAGCGGCAGCGACUGAGCCAACUGGCUGGCUCUGCGGGCGGAAGCGGACGUUGCCAGCAAGCCAGCGUGGACGCACGGCGGCUUACGACAAACCGCAGCUGGGAUGCGGCGAGGGAUCCCGGUUCGAGUGGGCGCCUUCUCUCAGCUCAGCGUUCAUUCUCCCGCGACUUCGGAUUUCGCGUGGCCCGACGUUCACGACGACGUCCGCCGGACGGCCGGUAAGACUUCACGUUUGGACCGCACGGAAGUUGCAUGGGAAGGCACCAAGAUGUCAAGCGUGAACUCACGUCGGGAGGCGAGUGAAGGGCGGACGACGUCGCUCGGAAGAAUUUCCAGGACGUCGACGUCCGGAUGGAUGCCAUCGACGGGGGCCCGAGAGGCAGCCGUCGCCGUGGCAGCGGCGGCGCCCAAUCAGAGGAGUGCGUCGUGUUGCUGCUGCUGGCCUUGCCGGGCCGUCAAGGGCGCCGCCAUCGCCGGGACCGUUCAGAUCCUGGUGGGCGUGGCCAACGCGGGUUUGGGGGCGGGCAGGACGCGGACCCGUCCCGGAGAUUUCGCCAGUCUGGGAGCCGCUUACUGGAUCGGGGCAGCGUUUGUCACAGCGGGAGUUUUGUCCGUUUUUUCGGGCCUGUGUCCAUCCUGCUGCUUUAAAAGCUUGACGAUGACGGCGAACAUAUUGUGCGCCGUCCUGUCCGUCGUGGCCGUGGUUCUGUACGCCUUGGACCUGGGGGGCCUGUCCGUGGAUUUGUUUUGCGCCGACGGCGGCGGGUGGCGCGACAACGGGUGCCGAGAUGCGGCCUCGUACGCCGUCAGGCUCACGCGAGCGACGGACGUCACGCUGCUGGUUUUGGCCGUUUUGGUGCUUUGCGUCAGCGUCCUCGCCGCCAUCGCAGUCGCCGGCGCCGCGCAGCGUGAUGAGGAGGUUGAAGAAUUCCACCCGGGGAAGAAGGUCCUCCUCCUGGACCUGCACCUGGGCCUGGACCAGGACCGUUGUGCUUCAAACCAAAGAAUACAAAUAAAUAAUCUUUCCUAUUAAAUAUAUAACCGGCUAAUGCAGAAUUCUACACCGCAAGAAAACUUUGCUUUGUGCUUUCACUGCCUGAUUUGACUUUCUGAGUUUAUCACCAUAAUCUCGCAAGAUUCUUUUUCUAUUCUACUCUAUUCGAAGUAAAAAAUAUAUC